AUGAAGACCCGAUUGAUGGACACGACUCACGAGGAAUCUGUUCACAACACCAGAAGAAGUGAUAAACAAUUGAAUGCAAAGAAAGUUAAGAAAAAUGUGACAAAAGAUGCGAUGAGUGGACGACUAUUCAAGUGUUCAGUCAAUGGAUGUCUUCAGAGGCUUUCCAACAAACAAGAUGUGAUUCGACAUGAGUUAAGACUACAUCCCAAUGACUUCCCGAACAUACCAUGGAUUAGGUGCCGAUAUACUGGCUGUCAGUAUAGGACUAAAUUCAAUACUGAUAUGAAUUGGCACAAGAAAAUACAUUCAAACUCUUAUGAAUGCCAACACACGGGCUGUCAGUUUAAGACUAAAUAUAAACCAAGUUUCAAACGACAUAUUCAGACAUAUAAUCACAAAAAGCUACCGAAGCUCUCGCGCGAUGGGAAAGGCUCUCAAAAGGCUAUCGAAAGCCAAAUCAAGUGUUCAGUUAAAGGCUGUUAUCAAAGGUUUCAAAGUAAGGGUUAUUUAACUCAACACGAGUUGAGACAACACUCGGAUGCCUUUCCCGACGUACCGUGGAUUGAAUGCCAGCGUAAGGGCUGUCAGUUUAGGUGUAAACUCACGGACGAUAUGACUGUACAUAAGAAAAUGCACACAAAUCCCGGUAAAGUGGUUACCCGUCGGUGCCGAUCGACAGAAAUUACUGAAUUAACUGAUAGACAACUGGAUAGUGACUUAAAUCGUGAGUACAUUGACAAUACUAUUGUGAAUGUCAAACACGAGUCAAUUGACGGCAAUAUCAUUGAACCCAACGUUAACUCAAACUUCAAACUAAUGACUGAUUUAUUGUUAACACAAACAAAACAGGAAGACAUAUAA